UAUCCAUAAAUGUUCUAAUUCACUGACAAGCUAAAGGGACAUAAAUGAAUACAGUGCUUCUGCCAUACCCUCAUCCUCAAAGAUGUUUUUUCCUGACACUUUUAAAGAAAAAAGAUAUUAUCAACCUUUACAAAGAAACUUUAAAAAGUUGCUAUGAAAAUAAUGUUACUUCCACAAUACACAAAACUCAUUAUUGCCACCUAAUUACUAGAAGAGAUGGACAUACCAGCACUGACUAAAUGACUUCUUCACAUAGUACAUAAGCUCUUGGGACUCAUUCAUUAAAUGACUGUGACAAAUGUCAAUUUUCUGCUAAUUACAAGCAUUUUUGUGUGACUAACUGCUGUAUGUGAAUCACAUUCAUGAUUAAUAGUUGAAAUUUACCUAAGUUGUACCAUUUUGAUGCUACAUACAUAAAACUGCAUCAGAACACAAGACUGUUUAGCACCAAAAAUUACUAUAUUAUAUAAUGUAAUACCAAACUCUAUGACUAUGGAUAUUAACUCCAACAAGAAAAUUAAAAAACUUAAAAUAUUUCAAAUUAUUAAAAAUAAAGAGAAUGAAAUAGAUGAGGAAAGGAUGAAGGGUCAUUCUAUCAGUCACUUAAAUGUAGUGCCAAUGAUAAUGAUAUCAGAUUCUAUAUAAACAUUCUUUAUCGCCAAAGCUGCUGAACAAUCGUGCACUCAAUGAAAAAAGAACUAAAACCAUCAAUAUGCAGAUGCAACCACAUACUCCCAUACGAUACUGGCAUGAGCAUGCAUCAGCAAAUUACAAGUAUGCAGUCCUUUUUGAUUUCCUUUCUACCAAGAGCCCUAAAUUUGCAUGUCAAUAGAUUACCUAUGCAGCUGAAUCUAAAUGAUAUUGACUAGCAUGUUUACUUUGGUAAGCUGUUGUGAAAACACCGGGGGCAACAUGGCGCAGGUAAACUAAAUUCUUAAGUCGGGACAAAUACAUUACUGAACAACGUGGGUAUUCUUUCAGAAAAAAAGGGCAGCAUUAAUAGUCUAGCUGGUACUUUGCAAAUGACAGGUAGGCUCAUUAAGUCUGCAGAAAGUGGUGGUGAAGAGAGACUUUUCAGGCCAUCUUAAUGAGGAACUGAUCAUGAAAGUGGGAUCACUUACUUCAUUCUUAUGAGACAUGAGAAAAAAUGUGACGUGGGUACUCUGAUGCUGCCACCCAAACACAACAGACAAAUGUCUAAGCAGCAUAUGACAGAGACAUUUGAACUAGACAUACAUGCUCCAAAUUUCCACCAAUCUUCCAUUUAUAAGGCAAUCAAGGAGAAAGACCCUCAUGGUUUGUCCUCGGCAAUACGUGGAGGUUGUUCUGUACACACAGUUGAGGAUGAAUUCCAACUGACAUAUUUACACCUGCUUGUUUUCACAGCGGAUGGAACUACAGAAAGGACAUUCAUUCCUAUGGUAUAUAGUUUGUCCAAUUCUGGCAUCCGUAUUGAUGCUAUGGAUUACCGAGGACGGACAGCGCUUUAUCAUGCUGCAGAGAAGGGCUUGCAUGAUAUCAUGCUGGCAUUGCUCAGAUGCGGCGCUGUGCCCGAAGAUGAAAUAGUUGAGGUGAUAAGAGCAAAUGGUGGCCCGUUUGAAUAUGAACUCAUGAGUACCUUUCUUAAAUUCAAGCCAGGAAUAUCCAUGGCUGUGCAAAAGGGGGAUCUUAAAACCACACAACGUCUAGUCAGUUACUGGGUGCGAGUCAACAGUAAACAUGAUGGCAAGCAUCUAUUGGAGAUAGCAAAAGAGACAAAAAAUGCUGAGCUUUGUCAAUUUCUAGAAUCAAAAUUAACCACCACAGAGCUUGCCCAUGCUGUCCUAGCAGGUGAUAUAAAACUUGCACAAAAGCUGCUCCGUUUCGGCAACUGUGAUAUUAACACAAUGGAUAUGGCAUAUAGGGAAAAUUAUUUAAAAGCCUACACACCAAGAAGUCUUCGAGAUACAGCACAAGAUUUAGGUCAUAUUGACUUAGUCCGAAUAUUACCUGUUGUCAAUUACAGUAAAGAUGGGGAUGACAACAUCAUUUCUAGAAAUAAUGAGGAUGCACAUCCAAACAUGAAACCUGGAACGACUACCUCAGCAGCAUGCAUAUUAUUAUAAUCUACUUUCUUCUACUCUAUUUUUUAAAAAUAAUUAUGGUGUAUACUUAAUGUCACUGCUCAUUACUUAGAUUGGAUGUGGAAAUUUUCUAAUCAUGACAGUCAUUUUUUUCCACAGAAUAUGACCCCUUCAAUUAAUUUUAUUUUAAUAAGGAUUGCAAAUGACUGAGACUUUUAGGGCUGUAAACAAUUGAAGGUGGACUGCAGAGAUUGAUAUCCCUGGUUAAGGCAUUGGGGGCAAAUUAAUAAUAUGAAAAAUUUGGAUUCUCUUUGUAAUGUAAUUAAACAUUAUUCAAUCUUUCAUUUAAAACACUUUCAAUGUGCACUUACUAGAACCCUAUUAUGAGCUUCCAUGUAAGAUUUCAAAUAUCAAAUAUUUCCUUUUUUACAAAGUAUGCAGUUUUAAUACUGCAAGCAUGGCAUAUUAAGGUCAUAUUAUGUUAUUCAAUCACAAAUUGAGUAAUUUUGAAAGUCUGCCCCCUAUAAGUAUAACUUAAAUCAAUGUGAUCACUUAAUGUGCAUUGUAUGUCUAGAUCUCAGUUAUUACUCAAAAAUUCAAACAAAACAAUUCUACUUCUCAAAAUACAUGAAUCAUCAAAAAAUGAGAAAACACACACACAAUGAGACCUAAAGGGCUAUGUUUCUACACUUCAAUUAUCAGUGGGUUGGAGGGUGGAAAGGGGAAAUAAAAAAUUAAUUAUUACACUCCAAUGCCCCAUCCUACUCAAUAUCAACAAAUAACUUCUUACAUGUAUACUUAUUUCUAUUGUUCUUUUUAUAAAAACUUAAAAACCACAAAUAUUUUGUUUAUAGGCAAUUAACAAAAACUUUCUAGUCAUUUCAGUUCUCCGAUACAAAAAACAAAUUGGCUGGACUCUUUUUAAGUCAUUGGCUUGACUCUUUAAGUCAUUCAGUUUCCCUCUACUCAAGAAAGCCAUAUUUAAAUGAAGGUAUUAAACGUCUAAAUAAUAAAGAUUUCAUGUCUCAGGUGUAAAAUAACACAAAAAUAGAAUACUGUCUAUAUAUUAGUUGAUUGUAUUGAAUGUUCGUUUAUGCAUGUGAUUACUUGUAUAAAGGGACAUAUGUGCUUUGCAUUCAUGGACCCAUAUAUAAUAUCCAAAUAUAAGGAAUCAAAAUAAAAAAUACCAAUAAAGAAAAAAGUUUCUACGUGUCUGAUAUAUGAUAGACAAUAUCAUCAUUAAAAAGAUGCAAAUAAAGGAAGUCGUGUCAUGUGGAUAUACUGACAGUCUGGUCCAUUGGUAUAACAGUUUGACCACAAGUUAUGGAUGUGGUAGCUAUAUGCUGUGUUGUCAACACUGUCACCAAUGGGGAUAACCAAGAUAGCCCGAAGUCUCAAAACUCAACAUUAUCAUAAAAUCAAGCAAUAUUUCUAGGAGAGUGGAAGCAGAAAUAAUGGCAGAAUAGAGAGUGUGAUGUAGCAAUGAAAGCAGAUGGAAUGAAUCUACAGAGCUCUAAGUUCUGUCUAAUUAUAGUCUUAUGAAUACUAUUAUCAGAGUAUGGAUUCACAAUGUUUUGUGUAUCACUUUUGUAUUGAUUUCUAAAAUGACAUUACCAGUGUACAGUAUCACCCUUAUUGCUGAAAAGUUUCUUGCAUCUUUUCCUAGUCUAGUGUGAUGUCAAGCCAACGAGCCAACGGUUUUAAUUUAUUUUCAGCUAUACUUGGAUAAUGUCCACUGCAUCAUUAUAUGAUAAAGUUGGGGACUACACAAGCUGCAUUUAAUGACCAAAAAAAAUCAACAUGUAAUAUUUGCUAUGUAAACUGCUGCAACUCUUCAAUGUCUCUAUAUGUUUACCAGUGAAGGUAACCCUUU